AUGUUUGAAAAGUCCUCGCCAAAGACCGUCAAGAUGCCCCUCUUCCGGCUGAAGACGGUGUUCCCGCUGAUCGCUUUGGUGUCGAUUGGUGUGUUUUUCUGGUGUAUGGAGCGUUAUGAUCGAACCGCCUUCAUUCGGUUCAAGAACCCCAUUGAUCGCGUCAAUAUGGGCACAAGCAACUCUCCCAACUUAGACCCUGCCAGCCAAGCGACACUCGAGACCGCGAGCAAUACCUGCGAGGUCGACCCCAAGCUGGCCGCUCCCCUCCCCUUCUCCGAAUGGCUCCCUCGCAAGAACUACACUCGCGCUUACCUCCGUCCUCGUCUUGUGAACCCCGAUACUGAAUUCCACACUCUUGAGGAGAUCGUGAAGCCCGUUCUUCCCCCGAUGGUCACUAUGGAGCGCGGCAUGGUCGUCUCCCCCGACAACAAGGAGGAGAACUUUAUCUGUCCUGAAAUCAUCGAUAUUGAUGUUGCCGCCGAUGACAGCGUCGAGGAAACCUCCAAGCUUCUCUUCGGUCUGGCUACUACCGUGGACCGCCUCGAUCGUCUGCUCCCUUCCCUGCUCUACACCUAUGGUAACACCAAGGCUGGUCUGAUUGUUCUGGUUCCCGAAUCCGAUGACGACCUGGAGAAGCAGGAAACCUACUUCCGCAACCGCGGUCUGGAUCUGACUCUAAUUGCCUCCCCGCUGGAUUUCACCGCUCGCUACUUCGGUAUGGUCGAAGCGUUCAUCGAACACAUCCGCAAGCACCGUCCCCACACCACCUGGGUUGGAUUCAGCGAUGAUGACACUUUCUUCCUUUCUUUGCCUACCAUCGCUAAGGAACUGAAGCUGUUCGACGAGACGAAGAAGCACUACAUCGGUUCUCUGUCUGAGGCCAGCUGGCAAGUCGACACCUUUGGCCACAUCGCUUUCGGUGGUGCAGGUGUGUUCGUCUCCAAGCCUCUGCUCGAUGUCCUCUGGAAGUACUACGACGAGUGCCAGUCCUGGGGUGAGCAGCCCGGUGACCAGAAGCUCGGACAGUGUAUCCAGCGAUUCGGCAACACUCCCCUCACUCUUUGGCCCUCGCUCUACCAGAUGGAUAUGACCGACCCCGUUGACGGUGUCUACGAGUCUGGUCGCAAAAUCGAAUCGAUGCACCACUGGAACAGCUGGUACUCCAAGGAUGUUGUGAAGAUGACUACUGUGGCCGCCGCGGCGGGCCGCAAGUCCGUUCUGCGCCGCUGGGUCUUCGACCAGGAGGAGGUUGUCAACGCCGCCACUGGCGAGAAGGUUCGCCACUUCUGGGUCUUGACCAACGGUUACUCCAUGGUCAAAAGACCUGGCCUGAGGACCCCCCGUGGUUUCGAGGAGCGCCUGGGUCCUCUGCGUCCGGCCGAGGACGAGGGCAUUGCCAAGGAUCGCUGGUUGCUCUCCAACGCCUACGUGGUUGGCGACAACGUCCACCAGUUCUAUGUGCGCGAGGAAGAUGAGGGACACAGCGUGAUCGAGAUUGUCUGGCUCGGCCCCAAGGGCGGUGGUGGCGGUGGUCUCAGCGACCACCACAUCCAGGGCACCUACCAGCAAUGA